AUGGAAUCCGCAGAGCACCAGUGCUCUGUGGAGCCCAUGAAUGGUGUUCAGCUGCUUGGUCGGAUUGGACAGGACCCUAUUAUAAGGCAAGUGGAAGGAGAAAAUCCCGUUACCAUAUUUUCCCUUGCAACCAAUGAGAUGUGGUGGACAGGAGAUAGUAAAUUGGGCCAGGGAGGUGACAUCAGUCAGAAGACGACAAGGCACAGGAUAUCUGUCUUCAGACUGGGCCUCAAGGAUGUCACCUAUCAGUAUGUCAGGAAGGGCUCUCGCAUCUUUGUUGAAGGGAAGAUAGAUUAUGGUAAAUACACAGAUAAGAACAAUGUGAUGUGACAGGCAGGUAAUGUCUUUUCAAAUGAUGUGAUUUUUCUGAGUGAUGGCUCGAUGAGAGACAAGGUGUGA